AGCAGACUGACACCGGCUAAAGAAAAGAGAGAGAGGUGUCUUUAUUUUACAGGGGGGGCCUCCUUAUCCAGACAAAGGAAACCUGGCAAGAAAUGGUGGUGAAGGGCAACACGAGGCAAACGAGUUGUCCGGGCACCUUCUCUUCUGCAGCAAGCAGCUGAGGGCUGGAUAGACAGGAGACAUUUUGCAAGACUCUGCAAGUGAAGCAGUGCUAACCAGGCAGUGCUGGUCGAAAUGGCUGCCAAGCUUUUUGUUCUAAUCAACUGGCCCGAUGGCAGCCGCGUGAUCAACAUUGAAAACAUCAAAGAACCCCGGAAGCCGUUUCAUCUCUACACAGUCGGGGAGCAGGUGCUCGCCCGCUGCCCCGGCUUUAGUGGUCUGUACUGGGGGGUUGUGGAAGGCAUAAGCGAGCAGAAAGACAUCUUAGAGAAAAGGCUGCAGGGAGAUAGACAAGUCUUUGAGAAGCUAAAAGAAGAACCAGCAAUGCACAGUGGCUUGCAACCUCAGCCUAAGAAAUCAAGGAAGACAUUUCCAAAAUGGAUGCCAGGAAGCUCCCCUCGCAAAUACAACGAUGACCGGAGCUUCUCUGCCAAACCGCUGGGAGAGGAUGAAGACGUGGGUCUCCCGCGUGAUGCUGCUGUCUCCUCUCUCUUAAAGGAGAGGCGCAUCCUGAGUAGCAUGACCAGAUCCCCCUGCACCAUGUCAGCCCCUCAUCCCUCGUCCGCUGCCUUCAAAACACCAUCUCCAUUCCUGACCCUGGCUGUGCCGCUAACAUCCCAAAAUGAAGAAGCAAGACCUGGCACAGCUGGCAGAGAUUACAUCACCCGGCCAGUGAAAAGGAAGUCCGAAGGCAUUCUAGCUCAGUGUCAGCAGCACAUCUAUACUAACAGCUUUGAUGAACCAAAGACUGAAGGUUCCCCAGAAACAGGUGAUUUUGAAGUAGCCCAGAAAGAUUUUGGCUCUGGUGAAGUGGAAAGGACUGAGAAGAUUGAGCAACUGGAGAGACUCAUAUUAGACCUCCAGCGAGAGGUCGUCUCCCUGAAACGCAAGGUGCAGAGGCUGGAGUCUCUGUCCUUCCAGGAAGAACCCUACAGGCAGCCAUGCGAGGUGGUGGAACUGUUUAACGGCUACACAAAGGAGCAGUUAAAAGAGGCCAUCCGAUUCGACCAGAAAAUCAGCACAGCUUGCAAAACACUCCUCUACAAGCUGUUCACGUCCGACUACAUACAGAGCCACUCCAUCACGGGCAGGAGGGGGAACACCUUUCGGGAGGCUAAGCCCAUGAUGGAUGAGCGGUGCAUCAAAAUCAUUCGGGUGUUGCUGAAGCAGAAGUUUGGGGACCACCUGAGUGACACUGUCAUCACCGAGAAAAUCCAAAAUGUGCAGAAAGCCCUGAGGCAGAAAUUUAAAACUGAAUGUCUCUGAGAAGCAGGUGAUUCCAUCGCUCUUUUCCAAGGCAACGCUGUGCUCUAGAAUCCAGUGCACCGAGCAGUUUUUCCAAAACGUUGCUUUUCCUCUGUUGAUUUGCUGAUUCGGCCUCUGGGUUUCGCCGGGAAAGCUCGGUGAAAUAUCUUCUGGAAAACAGCACAUCAUUGCGGCUGAAAAGUCGGUUUGCGUUCACACAGCAGGGCCUUUUUACUCGGCAUUUUCCAAGUUUGACAUCAUUUUGCAAAACCCCUCUGGUUUACAAGUCAGGCCAGAGUGUCGCUAGUUUGGUUCCAUGUGUGAUGAACAAUUUUGGAGAGGAGCAAGACUUGGGCGGUUUCUACUGAAGAAGCCCCCAGAAAUUUGGAUGGGCAAUUCAGUCUGAUUCCUCUGUUUGAACACCUCGGGUGUGAACAACGAUGCUGAAAAUCUCACAAGAAGUAGAUUUCAAACCUGCACACUUUAGGAUGUGUAUUCCAGACGGACGGGCUCAGCCUUAAGAUAAACCAUUACCACUACCUAUGCACACACAGAGACAGAUAGUAUUGCAAAUUCAGCUCAAACAAAGCUAUAACCUCUGUGUGGACUUACGAACACCACCUGUAACCUUUUCGCUAGCCUCUGAUUCCUCACUUUCUCAUGGAUUACUUUGGCAGUAAACAAGACAGAGAGGAAGGGUCAAAGGGAGAAACACACCACCAAACACUGAAAAGGGCUGGGAGAGACAUUUUCUAAAUCUCUCUCUCAUAACACGCAAGGCAGUAGGCUGUCAAUACCAUCUGAAGCCUUGUAUCGGAAGACCUCACCAUUCAUGGGAAUGCAUUCUUGAGAUCACCGCAAAUGGCAAAAUCUGCAAACAUUGGGGUGCGGAGAGGUGUUCCCAACACAAAACAAACACCUUUUCCCCACCCACUGCUGGUUUCUGGCAGUGAUCAUAUACAAUAGUGAUGAAUUGUGAUUCUCAUGCUAUUUAUGUGUGUCAUAUUCCCCGUGAGAUUUCUGGGUAGCGUAGGGCUCAGGUAUUAGAGUGUGCUGAAAAAGUGCCCUCCCACUGGGUCACAUGGUUGGGCUGGUGCAGGGCAGGGCGUCCCGAAUAUGCGAAACCACAGGCACCGAAGCACUGAAUGGUGAGGGCUUCCUGUUGUCGUCAGAACAAAAAAUGUCACUGCGCAGGGCAAUGAACGUAACCUGAACAAAAGCAACCUGUGUGAACUGUCCAUGGAACUUAACAGGCUCUGGGCCCACCUGAUCUUCACGGGGAAUUUACAUCCCUCUCCUUACUCAACCCUGCUUCACCCCUGUCAGCUGCAGGCCCCAGCUUCUGCCAUGGCUAGAGCAAAAUAAAUCCCUUUGCUGCCACAAGUGUGUGUGUGGGAAUUUCCUGUGGCAAUAGUUAAACAUUAAGGCCGUGUCUUCACUACACGGAAGAUCGACGUUGCCACAAUCGAUCUUGCGGAGUGCGAUUCAGCGAGUCUAGGUAAAUCUCUAGGGGGUGAUACAGAACCAGAGCAUGUGUUUCUGGCCUCCAAAGGCCCUUGUAACAAAUCAAUCUCCAUCUACUUCGGGGGGAAACAAAUGUGUUCUGGGACAUUUCCGGGCAACAGGUCAUGUGGUCAAUCCCUUUGCAGGAAACGGCACCAUCUGACAUGUUCCCUGAGGUACAGCAAACGUGCACAGGAAAUGGCCGCCGUGACGCCACGCUGCUUUCAGCCUCCUCCCGUCUAGGCAGGGCCGGGCAAGGCCCUAAUGAGAGAGGGGUCACAUGCUUCCCUGUAGGCAAAUGAAAGGCAUCCUUAUCCCCUCUCCAUCCUUUGAGAAAUGGUUCCCGGUGCAGGGUGGAGAAGGAAGACACGGGCGGCAUUUAGUCACUGCCAGGUCACUGGCAGGGUAUUAUCAAAGGAAGUCAGGGUUGCUGAGAUGCUCCCAGGCGUGAACCUACAGGUGGAGCACAGCAGAGGAUCAAAAAUGCCGUUAGGAAACCAGUGGUCUCACCAUUGGGUUCUCUGGCUGCUCGAUACCUUGUCAGGGACCUGAGGUGAAAGGGAGGUGGUACGACCUGGUGCAGCGCUUCGGCAAGCAACUGGCCGGCAGGGGCACUUAGAUGCAAGGGGUAGAGU